GGCCGAGACGUUCAAUCUUCCAUUCUUCCCCACGCAGUCACAACACACCCUGAAAAUUUUGUAUUUUUCUGUGGCUCCCGGGAGAGAAAGGAGUUAUGGCGGAGAAUUCAGGUAACAGCCAUGGCGGAGGACGAGGACGAGGAGGGUCGGUGACGGUGGAUAUCAAGGAAGGCGAAACUGUCGAGUGUCAUGUCGACAACAAUGACAACAUCGUAAGUUCGUCCACCAAGAAAAAGGAUUCUCUCCUCUCUGUAUCUGUCCCUUUCUUGCAGAAGUUAAUGGCGGAGGUUCUGGGGACAUAUUUCCUGAUAUUCGCGGGAUGUGCGGCAGUGGCGGUGAAUGCGCAGAAGGAGAAAGUUGUGACGCUUACAGGGAUCUCCAUCGUGUGGGGACUCGCCGUAAUGGUACUCGUUUACUCCGUCGGCCAUAUCUCCGGUGCCCAUUUCAACCCCGCCGUCACACUCGCCUUCGCCACCUGCCGCCGUUUCCCCCUUAAACAGGUUCCGGCUUAUCUGAUAGCUCAAGUGCUGGGAUCAACGCUAGCGGCGGCGACACUGAGGCUGAUGUUUGAUCUUCGCCACGACGUCUGCAGCGGCAAACACGACGUUUUCGUAGGGACCCUUCCCUCCGGGUCGAACCUUCAGUCGUUCGGUAUCGAAUUCAUCAUCACCUUUUACCUCAUGUUCAUCAUCUCCGGCGUCGCCACCGACAACAGAGCUAUUGGAGAACUCGCCGGAAUGGCGGUUGGAGCGACAGUGCUGCUCAAUGUCUUGUUCGCAGGGGCGGUUUCCGGGGCAUCUAUGAAUCCGGCGAGAACAUUGGGGCCGGCGAUUGUGUUCGGAUGCUACAGAGGGAUUUGGGUAUAUUUCGCCGGUCCGAUCCUUGGAGCGGUUUCCGGUGCAUGGAUUUACAAUAUGGUUAGGUAUACCGACAAACCACUACGUGAAAUCACGAAGAGCGCGUCGUUCCUAAAGGGUUCGAGCAGUUCCCGUAAAUGAAAAUCGUGUAUCAAACAUUGAUGUAAUUGACCGUUCCGUACGUGGUCCUGUAAUGAAUGAUUUAAUGAUGUGGAAAGACUGAUACGUAACAAAAGUUGACUAGACUUCUGAGGUAAACGUGAAAACGUUUUGUUA